AUGACGGCCACAGCUGUACCCACUGUUCCGCCUCGCCCUGCUCGGACCCAACAAGCGGCCGCUGCGAAUGGUGCCAACAAGCUCCCCGAGAUUCCUCCCAGACCUAUUCCAAAACGACUCGAUCGAUCUGUUUCGCCAGGCAACUUCCCUCGCUCGCCGCUGAACGAACCAUGGCAGCCUUUGACCAAGAUAAGCUCGACCGAGCCUGCCAUUCCCAGACGCCCAUCGGUGCAGCAUCUGCCCUCCGUAGGUCAAGAGGGCAUGGAAUAUGCCGAUAUCGAUGCACGUAAAACUGAGCAGCUCCCAACCGAGCAGACGAGAAGUGUUGCUCAGGAUCUCCACUUGCAUGCGCCCAAGCCCUCGCUUCCGAAGUCUGCUGCGACCGCGCAGGUCCAGGCCGUGACAAGGACAGAUUCGAGUCAGGCUGCAGCACAUGGCAUCGGGAAACCUGGAACUCCGGGACAAGACGAAGGAGAGCACGUCGGAAGAGUAAGAUCAAGAGCCAGCUUCUCCAGACCAGGUUCUUCUGCUUCAGGCCAUCGUCGCUCAUCAGUCCAGCCUGACGAACAAGGUCCUGCUGAGCUGGGCAUCCGCGUUCCGAUAAAUCCGUUACUUGGUGAUGUCCAAGCCCCCUCUCCAGCACCUUUCACACCCUCGCAUACCGGCGAGAAGCGUCGCGGUCACCACAACCGAGUAAAGAGCAGAGAUGGCCUGCCUCCCGGAAGCUACGGUCUUCAUGGUCACGGAGUCGCUCCUUCAGAUCCAUUUGAGAAGGACUGGUACGCAAAGCAUCCGGAGGAGCUUCUGCACGAGGAAGCCCAUGGCCAUGGAGUUUACGAAGGCAUCGGGAGUGGUCGAGGCGCGUUCGCCCUCAGCAGCGACGAUCUGAACAAGAUUGUUCGGAACACUGCAAGUCGUGGUGCUGGUUUUGGUACUACAGGAAAUACGCAGUCUUACCCGGACGAGCAGAUCGGCUAUCUAGCAUCGGACCAGUACUCCAACCCUCUGACAAAGUCUCUCACAAACGUCUCCCAGCCCGCGGUCGAGUCGCCUCUGCGUAAAUCGAGUCUUCCGGCGGUAGACAUGGAUCCCGUCGUAUCAGUCUCGAAAAGGACUCCUUCCGGUACGUCUGACAGUGCGCUAGAUAGUCCUCUACAAAAGCCAGUCCACAUCGAUGCGCCCGUGGAUCGGUACAAUAAAAUUACUGGCGGCGAGGAGUCGAUAAACGAAACAGCGGAUGUUGGUCCUGAAAUCUCGCGUCCUGCGACUGGCCACGGCGACUCUGACUAUAGCGUGCCAAUUUUAGCGGCUGAUGAGGUCGCAAAGCAUCACACUGGCGAGUGGCUCCAGCCAGCAAUCUCGCCGCGCGUCGAUCGACGAUCAAGCGAAUAUGAAUACCGGAGCGGUGAUGCAACACCUACGUCCAGGCCCUCGAGCCGACCAGGCAGCAUUCACGGCAUGCAUAGCGCCUCGUAUUCACUGGCACGCUUCACCUCUCACCAUGACGAGCGAGAAUCAAUGCAUACGCCUCUCGAAGACGUGGACGAAUACGAGCCACUGUUCCCAGAAGACGAGAACAAGUUGCAGAAGGCUGUCAGUCACGUAGAGCGCUUCAAGAAAAGGCCCGACGCACUGAAGCAUCGCUUUCCCAGCAAUGACAUCUGGGAAGAUGCACCCGAUUAUGGAAUGUACCAAGCUACCGUCUCCACCCCAGAUCUGCCUCUCGAGUCAGAUCAGAAGAAGACGUCAAUGUUCGAGACUCCAGAACAGGAGGCAGUCGGAAAAGGAGAAGCUACGGAGACCGAUCGCAAGAAGCAGCUUGCACAGAAGUCCAUCCUGCCUUCGCAUCUUCAGGACGAAAUCCCUACACGACCUGGUCUCCAGCCGAGAUUUCCGAGUCAAGAUAUUUGGGAGGACAGUCCCGAUAGCUUUCAUCUGGUGACAACGGUCAGCACGCCACCAGUUGCAGAUGAGGAAUCUCCGACGGAAGCACCGGCGAAGCCUACGGUUCCUCCCCGACCACAGAAGUCCAAAUUGGCUGAAGCAGCAUCCGCCACACAACCAGCACCUAUAGUCCCAGCUCGUCCUGCUCGCAAGCCGGAGACAAGUGAUGGCUCACCAACAGACCUUAAGAAAGUCCCCAGCAUACCGGAUCGACCGAAGCCGUCAGUUCCGCCACGACCAGCUAAGAAGCCUUCAGGCGAUUCUCUGACGAAGACUAUCUCGCCCAGCUCAGAUCAGAGCAUAGAGACCGAGCGAGGAAUUCCCGUUACGUCUCCGCCGCUCACCAAGGCCAAGCCACAGAUCCCUGCCCGUCCCGGUCCUUCCGCUAAGAUCGCUGGACUCAAAGGCAACUUCAUGAAUGACUUGAACCAGAAGCUCGGCCUGGGUCCUCCUAAGGAGAAGGAACCGGAACCACAACCUGAAGUAGAAGCGAAGCCUCUUGAAGACGCGCGAAAGGGUAGGGCUCGGGGUCCACAACGUCGCGCACCUGCCAAAUCACCCUCUGCUGCUCCUGCAACUGCCACGGUCGCCAAACCGAAGUCUGCGAUAUCCACGCCACAGUCAUUAUGGCACAUAGACGACACAGGUCUGCUCAAUGUCCCAUCCUCGGCAGGAGCGUCAUCCAAGCUUGAACAAGAGGUGUCGACAUCCUUAGACCCGGAGACUGCUGAGCUCAUGCAAAAUGCCACUGUCGGACAAGCACCUCUACCUCCAACUAUCGACUCUACGGCGGAAAAGAAGUCGAUCGAGGACACCAGCCAAAGUGCAGAAGAGCCUCCAGCGCAGCCAGUGCCUGAGGUGGCAGAGCAUGCAGCAGCGGAGACCGCGGACCCAGUCCUCGACGUAGCAGAGGAGAAGCCCAAUCCACUGAUUCACCAAGCUACGAAUGAAGCAGCCUUCUUGUCGCAGCAGACUACGGUAAGUAUUGCCCAAGCUUCGGGGCCUGAGCUGGAGAAGGUCGGCACACACGAGACGACCAUAGCCCGAUCAGACACCAUCGGCAGUGACCUGACAGCACCUGAACGAAAAGCUGUGGAAGAGCCAAUUGAGCUCCGCAAUGAACAAGUCAGUGCAUCAGCUCCCGAUUCAGUCAAAACAACCGCUCCUCACGCUGCGCCGGAACAGUCUUCUAACAACGAAUCUGCAGUAACCUCUGAGCACACGAGCAAUAACAACGGGCUGGCUGGUGCCCCAAUCCCCGGUCAGAUAGCGGAGGGUGGGUCGGAUCAUGCUGCAGAACCUAUGCCAGAGAAUGAUAUCAGCUAUGAUAGACUGGAAGCAAUGCAGAGCCAGGCAGAUGGGAAGGAGUUGAGCGACGGCGGCGUCCGGAAGAUGAAGCGUCUACUCAUAUUCGCUUUGCAACGACUCGACCUCAUCGAUGUGCAGGGUCUCGACCUCGACAAUCUAGGGGGGCUGACUUGGGGACGACGCUCGGUGGUGGAACUCAGGAACGUAUCCCUGAAGAUUGCAACACUCGCCGAGCGCGCGAAAUUGCCUCCGUCGAUACUCGUCGAGCAUGCAUCUGUGUCUGUGCUGCGCCUCACGAUACCUGCCGAUCUGGCCGUGGAUCCCAUCCAUAUCGAAGUCCAGGGUGUCAAGAUCUCUGCGAGAGUGCGGAAAGAUGAGGACUACAAAUCAAGCCCGCGUGGUAAGGCGGGUCCUUCACACAAAGAUACUGCGAACCGACCGCGGUUAGCCACUCCUUCCGUACACGACCCAGGUGGACGCAGACGCGAUAUUGUAGGCUCUGCGCUCGCGGAAUCGCCUCAUAUGCUGCCAACUUCGAGAGAUCUGGCGGCGUCGUUUUUGGAGAGCGAGCCCAAGGCCGAGCGGGAGCAGCUCGAGGCUAUAGUCGGUUCUCAGUCAAUCUCCAUGGAUCAAUCAACCUCCUCGUCAACAUCAUCUGGUGACAGUGACGCUGGGCUGGGCCUUCCGGGUGGCUUCGCACUCCCGACAUUUUUGACCAAUUUCUUUCAAGGUGUCGCGGAUCGUCUGACUGUUGGAAUUGUUAACGUCGAAGUAUAUGUGACACUGGAAGUCGACGCAGCAGAACAAUCAGAUGCGAACGAGCACUCUGUCAGAUUACGGAUAGCAGAACUCGAUGCUGGCUCUCUGCUUGCGACGACUUCGUCCGACCAGGCUGUCAUGCCUAUACGCAGGCUUGCCCUGCGAGGGUUGCAGUUGGAAGUCGAGGUCGAUCCAGAGAUCUUUUCGCACCCAAGCUCGCCCCGACUCGACAGACACUCACUCAAGUCAUCGUCCUCUCACUUACACAGUUCCAUGGCAAGCACCGAAUAUCGUGAUCGCGCAACCUUGGCGGACUAUCCUGAUCUGGCUUCGGAUAGCAGUUCGCAGUCAAACGCCAGUCAACCGGCAGAAAGUAACCAGCAGCGCAAUACAGUCAAUUCCAUGCAUUCGCUGAACAAUUCGUCUUCGCGUGUGGAGAUAUCAUCUACGUCGGCUCCUUCGGGAGUUCUGGGUGAAGAGCAAAGCCAGUACGAUAAUUAUCCGACGGCGAGCCGACUUGGUGCCUCGCGAUCCACCAUCAGACAACCUCAUGCAGAUCACUUCGAUGCCAAUGACGGGCUGGGCAUUGGUACAGGCGCUUCCAGACUGACAGAAUCGACUAUUUUCACUCAUGACCAAGCACAGAGCAUGUACGCGAGCGCGAUCAGCCAUGCCACGACCGGCACCGAUCAGUCAUUGUUCAUGCCUGGCGGCUGGAAUGACUCGGUCUUUCCGUCGGAUGCAGACGCAGUGUCUUCUAAAGGUGUUUCAGCACCUGCACCUGUCGCGCCUCUUGAAGAGACAUCUAGCAUUGCGAUGCCUGGGGUCAAGAGGGGAGAAGAUGCACCAACGCCUACGUUCGUGCCUACGGGAGGUGGAUCCAACCACGAGAAAGCUGCAAGUCCGGCUUCUUCGCCAGCUUCUCUCAGCUUCAUUCGUCUCCUUGCGUUGGAAUCUGUGGAUAUUGUACUUCCCACAGUGUCUGAAGAUGCCGUUGAAACUCAGGCAAACGCUGGUCCUGCAGCACCUGUCCCCGACAGUAUCACAGCAGGCGGUCUUCAGGAGUCAGCAUACUCCGUAUCCGUCGCCGCCUCAAGGCUUCAGCUACGUCCAUCGAGCCAUGCGCAUCAUACACCUACGGCCAACAAGCUGAAGAUCAGAGCAGGACAGCUUCGGAUCGAUGCUGACCUGGGUAUUUGCAAGCUGCUUGUCAGGAUUGCGGCGGGUAUCAGUCGCCAUGUGACGCCAACAGGCACCUCGAACAGCAGAAAGUCGUCCGCCGACUCUCGUUCAGCAGGUUUCCCACACUUCAGCGUAGAAGCACAAGAGUUUCUGCUCAAUUUCCACGAGGGUCGCAACUUCCGGGCAACCCUCGACGGGAAAUCGGGCCAGCCGCAGACCGACGAUGCUCUACUGUCUCUCUCUCUGCGUGACAUGGAGAUUGCUGACGAUGUAGCUUCGCGCCGGCGCCUGACGAUCUCGGCCAUCAAGCUCCGCCACGCAGCUCGUGACGUCCUGAGAUUCACAGACAGAGUGAAUGUACGCGAUUCGAUAGCGAGCAGCGCGAUGCUUCGCCAGCAUGACCUGACUCUGUCGAUGGACAGUCAACGUACCGAGAUCUUCACCAAACCGGUCGAAGGCGUCGUAGACCUCUUGCUUGUGGACGAAGUCCUCAGUCGAGGUGGAGGACUGGACUCCCUGAUCGACUUGGGUAACUCAAUCAUGUCUACUCACAGCAGCAUGAGCCCGUCCCAAAAGCCCGAAAGCAAGCAGCAGACCAGGAGCGUAAGAUUCACCGACAGCAGCCGCAAGCACACAAGGUCUGGUAGCGACGCUUCUGCAUCGAUCGGCAAGCUAAACAUACGCGUAGACGGAGCCAUCCUCCAUCUCAACGGCUCCGAGUCAUCUGUAAUAGUCAAGACGUCUGCCAUCAAGUUUGUCAUGAGGCCUGCGAUGACACGUAUUGUUAUUGAUGGCACGAUGAUUGAAGGUCCUCUCGUGGGCACCCAAAGCCCGCCUCUCUACGCACGUAUCAAAAGUCUCGAUCUUGUAUACCAUGAGACGCCGGAGGAGAAAGAUCUCGACCGUCUGCUCUCUCUGAUCACGCCCUCCAAUGACAAAUACGACGAAGAGGACGACAUCAUGGUGGACACCCUACUUAAGCAACGCCGGAAAGGUGGCGUCAUCCGUAUGGACAUCAAAGAAAUACAGCUCAAGGUGCUUGGUCUUGAUUGGCAACAGCACAUAGCUCAGCUCUCUGAUGAGCUUGCCAAGCUGACUGCGGUGACCAAGUACCUCCCUGAAGACGAUAGACCUGGGAUACUGACAUUCGCCUUGAUUCAUACGCUCGAUUUGCAAUGUACGAUCGACGACGACUUUGGAAAGCUUGCCCUACGUGCCGAUCUCAUUGAAGCUGCCCAAAUCAGUCUCCCUUCAUUGUCGGCAGCGCAAGUGUCGUCGUGGUCACUCACCCGAAACAAAGACGACGUCCUCAUUGGCGAAGCCAUGCCCCAAGACGACUCUGCGAUGGGUUCGCCUAUGCUCAUGUUCCGCUUCAUCGCCGACGAGAUGGAGCCAACCGUCCGAUUGAAGCUCACAAACACCUGUGUCGAGUACAAAGUGCCAACACUGGCCUCCAUCAGCUCAGCCAGUCAAGACGAUGAGCCUGCGUCCUCACGAACAAGCGAUAUGUCAGAGUUUGCUCGCAAGGUGAAAAUGUCAGUCACGUUCAGAGACUCUGCUGUUGCUCUCAAUCCAGUGAACAGCCGAGCAAGAGGGCUUUUUGUGCUGAUUGAUACAACAUUGGGCUACGAAGCGCACAAGAAGGGGUCGCAUUUCGAUCUGAGCAUGAGAAAAGCUUCUCUAUUGAUUGUGAACAAUGUGGGAAUGCUUCAGGAAGAAUCUGAUGGCAUUGACAGCAAGCGCUAUUUUGACCAGACCGAUCAGAUUCAGAGGUUGGCGAAGCUAGGAUACGUACCUGUGGCCUCCAUAUCUUCCGCAGCUGCAGACAUACGGCUCAUUGACGAUCAAGAGAACUCUUCACAGCACAUCGACGUUGUUUUGAGCAACCCAUUACUCUUCAUGGAGACGUGUGCCGACUCGACGCAAACCCUCUUCGGCAUUCUCGGCGCUCUGAGCCCUCCAACGGCACCAUCAACACAGGCGCAGUAUCGUACGGAGGUCGUACCGAUUGAGAACAUGUUAGCAUCUUUCACUGGUGAGGCUUUUGUGACGGAACCUGGUCCGGAGCUUGGCCUCCAGGCAUCGCAGAUUUCCGUACCAGCGGUAAGCCAGCACCUCGACAUGGAUGAUUCUGGCCUACUAGGCGCGAUGUAUGAGGAAGGGGAUCCAGACGAUGACAUGCUAGCCGAAAGCUAUGCAGAAUCUGAUCUCACCACAUCGGCAGCGUCGUCUCUUCAUGUGGCGCCUGUCGACAUUGAAGCCCCAGGCUCCGAAGACCUCACGCAAUCAGUCAUGAUACAUAGUAUGCUUGACUUCCGUGAUGAGCAUUUCGCACCCAAGACCAAUAUCGGCGGAACUGCACAUAGAUGGAACUCUACCCGGAACACCUACGAGCUUGCCAAUGAGGUCGCGGACAAAAAGUCGCCUAUUACUGUCAAAGUGCGCGGUCUGCACGUCAUUUGGAACCUCUUCGACGGCUAUGAUUGGCAAGAUACUCGGGAAACCAUAUCUCAAGCUGUCAGAGAUGCUGAGGAGAAAGCUCUGUCACGUCGUCGGAGUAGCAGGUCUCCGGGAGUCGACGAUGACGAGGACUUCGUCGGCGAUGUGCUCUUCAACUCGAUCUAUAUUAGCAUCCCUGCGAACAAAGACCCUCGUGAUCUGACUAGCGCCAUUAACUACGACAUUGAUGAUAUGAUCUCGGAGACUGGUAGCUAUGCGACUUCUACUACUGUCACAGCGACCACCUCCAGACAAACACGGCGCCCGUCCAGUCUAAGACCUCGACCCAAGAAGCUUAGACUGAGCCGUAGUAAGCACCACAAGAUCUCCUUUGAGCUGCAAGGUGUCGGGGCUGACUUCGUUGCGUUACCGCCGGACAGCGGCGAGGUCCAGAGCUCGGUCGACGUACGCGUACAUAAGCUGGAGAUCUUCGACAACGUGCCAACGUCUACCUGGAAAAAGUUCGCUACCUACCUGCACGAGGCUGGAGAGCGAGAAGUUGACACGAGCAUGGUUCACGUCGAAAUGCUGAACGUUCGACCGGUUCCCGAAUUGGCGGCUACUGAGAUCGUGAUGAAGAUUACGAUACUUCCGUUGCGACUCCACGUCGAUCAGGAUGCUCUGGACUUCAUGACACGCUUCUUCGAAUUCAAGGAUGAUACCAUCACAACCUCUUCGGCGCCAUCAGCGCCUCCGUUCAUUCAGCGAGUCGAGGUGAACCCUGUCAGGCUCCAGCUUGACUACAAGCCGAAGAAGGUCGAUUACGCUGGGCUACGAUCCGGCCGCACAACGGAGUUCAUGAACUUCAUCAUUCUUGAGCGAACCAAUAUGGUGCUUCGGCGUGUGAUUCUGUACGGUGUAUCCGGAUUCGACCGCAUGGGAAUCAUGCUGAACAAUAUCUGGUCGCCUGAUGUCCGACGCAACCAACUGCCUACCGUCCUUGCCGGUCUUGCCCCUGUUCGUCCACUGGUCGACGUUGCAAGUGGAGUUAGAGAGCUUGUGGCUGUGCCGAUCCGCGAGUACCAGAAAGAUGGCCGAAUUGUGCGCAGUAUUCAGAAGGGCGCCUUUGCGUUUGCGAAGACUACCGCAACUGAGCUUGUCAAUCUAGGUGCCAAGCUAGCUAUUGGCACGCAACAGAUCCUCCAGAAUGCCGAAGGCGUGCUGGUGCCUGGCGCACAGACCGAGGAUGAUCCUAAUAGCGAAGCCACGAGGCAGAUCUCGCUGUACGCAGACCAACCCGUUGGUAUCGUCCAGGGGCUGAGAGGUGCUUACGCCAGCCUGGAGCGGGACUUGCUACUUGCUAAGGAUGCAAUUGUCGCUGUGCCAGGUGAGGUCAUGGCCAGUGGCACCGCUGUCGGGGCGGCGAAGGCGGUGCUGAAGCAGAGUCCGACCAUCAUCCUACGGCCGGCUAUCGGUGCGACGAAGGCGGUGGGGCAGACGUUAAUGGGUGCUGGAAAUACGCUGGAUCGGAAGAAUUUGAGGAGAAUUGAAGACAAAUACAAGCGGCAUUGA